CGCAUCUCCACUACCUUUGGCACGUCGUUGUCAGGACAACAGGUAAACUCUGCCCGGAGCAGACAUGGCCGAGCUGCUGAAAAUAAAAAGUGAAGUAGAGGAGUUCCAUAAAGAAUACGUCUACAGAAACAACCAAGCUGAGGAGAGCAGGCAGGAAGAAAACCAGGCCGCCACCCAGAUUCAGAGCUGGUUCAGGGCCUGCAAGGUGCAGGCCUACCUCAGGCAUUUGCACAAGAAGGCAAUCAUAAUACAGACGAUAUGGCGGGGCUUCACAGCAAGGGCACGUUUCAGACAAAUGGUGAAGGCGGCAUAUUUUAUCAUGAAGAUGAAUUUCUACGAGGAGAUGGCGGUCAGGAUCCAGCGUCGAUGGAGAGGGUUCUUUGUGAGGAAGUAUGUUCAUAAUUUCUAUGCACGCAAGACCUAUCUGGAAGGAGUCAGUAGGAAAAAUGAACUUGUCAGGAGGGAGCUGGAUGAAGUCGAGGAACUCCAGAAGAGAGAGAGUGACUGUCUGGAGCUGGUGAAAGAGCAGACAGCCAGGGUCCACCAAGCUCACCGCUUACACCACCUCCUCAGUACAAAGCAGUGCCCAGGGGUCUUCAACUCUCCCUUCAGGCCAGCCCCCCAUGAGAUGGAACAACUGCUGAGGCAGGUCAAGUACCAGGCCCCCUCCAGGGGCAGGGCUUGUCUCUUGGGCAUGCCUGGCCCAGAAGCCCCCAGUUUCCCCGGGACUCCCAGAUCCCCAUGGAUGAAAACCAGUAGGACUUUGUGCUCCUCCAGGCCCAUACUACCCCCUAUUGCCAGCAAGAGACAGCAGGGUCUGUUCAUAGAGCCAGGGGAAGUGUGGGAGCAGCACGUGCACUGUCCUGACCUGACGUUGCGUCUGCAGACCUCUCACACACUCCUGGAGGAGGCCCAGCAUCAGUUACGACAACACAAGUCUGCGAGACUCUACAGGGAUACUCUAGGAACAGGAAGUUCGCUCCACCAUCUGAGCCACAGCAACAAUUCUUUUUCUCAGCCGGCCUUCCCCAAGAGCAUAAGAUAGAAGAUCACAUGCUGACUCCAAGAGGAGCUUCUCAAGACAGUGUUAACCACCAACAACACCUUUGACAAGUUUCCUUGUCUGUACUCCGAGGCAGUCCUCAUUGUGUGACACACCUCCUCUUGGCCUGGGAAGAUAAAGGGAAAUACAAAUAAAGAAAGACUGAUUAUUGUA